AAGUACGACGAACGUGGAAACGGAAGGAAAAUUUACUAUCGGAGAGAAACGAGGAACGUUGGUGGUAUCGUCGCAGCACGCCAUGUCUUUGCAGAUACUGGACGGUAACGAUAAAGAAAAGAGAUGGAAAGGGCGUUCGUCGAUAGCCACGUUCUACGCUGGACGAAGUAUCUUCGUGACCGGUGGCACGGGCUUUUUGGGAAAAGUGUUGAUCGAGAAACUGCUCAGAUGCUGUCCGGAUAUCGAAGAGAUAUUUCUAUUGAUGCGACCGAAGAAGGGACUGUCGAUCGACGAUAGAUUGAAAAAGAUGGUGGAACUGCCGCUGUUCGAUAAAUCACGAGGGGAGAAGCCGUCCACCAGUUUCAACAAGUUGAUCCCCGUUUACGGGGACAUGACCGUCGAGGGCCUGGGCUUGUCCAAGAUCGACAGGCAAACGAUCGUCGAACGAGUCUCGAUAAUUUUCCACGUUGCCGCGAACGUUCGAUUCCACGAGAACCUGAAGAAGGAUAUAUUUGCGAACACUCGCUCGACCAGGGACCUUUGCAUCCUCGCGAAGAGCAUGCAGAAUUUGGUGGCGUUCGUGCACGUUAGCACGGCGUUCUCGCAAUCCGACAAGCCGGUGGUCGACGAGAUCGUUUACCCUCCUAUCACCGAGUGGAAGGACAGUAUUUCUAUGGUGGAAUCUAUGGACGAAGAAACCCUGCAAACCUUUACCAGCAAGUACUUGGGUUCGAUGCCGAACACGUACACCUUCAGCAAGCGACUGGCGGAACAGGUGAUAAACGAUUACUCCAAGGAUCUGCCCUGCGUGCUGUAUCGUCCGACAAUAGUGAUAUCGACGCUCGAGGAUCCUAUGGCCGGCUGGCUGGACAAUUUCAACGGCCCGGUGGGAAUGUUGAUCGGUGGCGGAAAGGGAAUAUUGCGAGUGGCCCGAAUGCAUCCGGACAUAUCCGGGGAUUAUAUUCCCGUCGAUCUAGCUAUCAAAGUUAUGGUAACAUCCGCGUGGAAACGAGGAUUGCUAACGUUGAACGAAGAUCCGAGCGUUCACGUGUACAACGGUAGCUCUUAUCAGAUCCAGCGGAUAAUUAACAAAGAGUUGGUCGCGAUGGGCUUGAGAACGAUACGACAAAUACCGCUCGAGGGAAUAAUCUGGUUUCCCCGAACUCUCCUCACGACCAACCGCCUCUUUCAUUACGUGCUAACGUUGUUCGUUCACUUGCUACCAGCUCUGAUCAUAGACGGUGUCUUUAAAAUGACAUGUCGCCAAACGAUGUUGAUCAAACUUCAGAAAACGAUCUACUCCAGUAUGGUGCAGCUAUGUUACUUUACCCACAACGAGUGGGUCUUUAAGAAUUCCAAGAUGUUGAAGAUUCUACGGACGGACAUACCGGCAGCGGAGCGUGAAAUUUUCGGCUACGACUACAGGAAGCUGGAUUCGCAGAAAUAUUUUCACAACUGCGUCGUCGGGGCGAAACGUUAUCUCUUGAAGGAAGAUUUGUCGCAGUUGGAGACAGCGAAGCGGCACUACAACAGGAUGUUUUGGAUCGACAGAAUAUUCAACGCCUGUGCGAUUGUCCUGUCGAUAUGGAUCUUUUGGAAAGCGGGAAUCCUUUCGUACCUUCUCCAAUCGAACGGUUUCCUCGCCGAUCAAUCCUUUCCACCCGAGCGGGUUAAUGGUUGCUGAGCAACUAGCCCGAUGACAUAGUACCUACCAAGUCCGUACGAGGAAAUUUGCAAGGAAGUAAGAAAAUGGUCCAAGUAGCAAACGAAACUUUUGCGUAAUUGUACCAAAUGAAAUCGACCUGAAAAAUAUCUAUACUACAGUUCUAUUUUUUUUUCUUUUCCUCCACUCCUCGCCAACUGCGACGACUGCUGUCCCGCAUAUGUAUCUCCCGGAACAGUUGGUAAAACGCCACUUGUUACAUCCACAAUGACCACCCACCUAUC